CAGAACAAUCGGUGCAACAAUUUCUGAACCAGCCGCUGAGAAGCUUAAUGAGAAAGUACCAGCGGCUUCCGCGCAUCUCAUUGUUAGUCGUUCACAGGGUAGGCUACCUUUACUUCAUUCCGCAGCCUGUACCUUCGAAGCUACAGGUGUGAUGCUCACCGCUGCCUUCACUCUCUGAUACAUUUCUUGUCCGUUCUAUCAUUCUCUACUUUGUCUUUUAUAGAAAUUUCUUGUAAUUGUCUUCAAGAGUUCUAAGCUCCCCGCGACUAUUCGCUGUUACAUUCUGAUAGCAUAACCUGCUAACAGGCGCUGGGUGUAGUUCUGACUCUCAUUCACUCAGGUUAUUACCAUUACAUGUCAGAUCCAUGGGACUGGACCGUCGGACAGGUAGUAGAAUACCUGUGUCGCCAUGCCGGAGAGAUAUUCGGAAGCACAGUUGGACUGCGUCAAAGAGAGUACCUUGAAUCAAAACUACGCAACAAUGCGGUUAAUGGCCGGGCACUAUUAUGCCGUGUCGACCAUCGCAUGCUACAAAUGAACCUUGGCUUGCUCAUGGCUGCUCAAAGGGACGGUCUGCUUGCCAUUGUAGAACGAUUGCGUGCGGAGUCCGCCAAGUACCAACGAUUUGGGAAUUCUCAGGUUAUUCAAAUACAACAGAACGGUGGUCCUACGAGACCUCCUGUUACAGCUUCUCCGCGGGAUGUCGGGACGACGAACACUGAAAGACGCAGGGUGUCGAACUUGGUCACAGAACCGCUGAAUUCUGCGCAACAGCAUGUUACCCUUCCGCCCUCUGAUGAGCGAAAUGUCGAGUUGUUGGAUAUCAGCAUGAGCAACAACAUUGAAGCAGAUGGAGACUGGGAUUACCUCGCCCAACGAUGGAAUGACGACAAUGACGAGGAGAUAAUAAGCAUUGGUGGCACAGAGGAAGAGGAAGAUUUGGAUGACUCAGAAAUGGUUGAAGACGAGAGCACCACGGAAUUGGCCGUGGAAACCCCGAGUAAUGAAAGGAAUGGACAGAUGACAAAGGGGAGUAAGCUUGACCCAGAAGAGGUGCUAGACGUUAUACACAGCUACAUCGACGAGUAUACUGAAAACUGGACGCCUGGAAGACACGCAGACGAAGUCCUAGACCAAGCGUGGGAUGCGCAUGAACUCUGGCACGAAUUGCACGAUCAGGAUGAGGCAGAACAGCAGCGUGUCAUCCAGAAGACGAAGGAACAGAUUGAGUAUUAUGAGCUCCGAGUCAACGUAAUCAUCGAGGAGAUUCUUCAGAGCAGUCUCUCGUGGCCAAACAGAGCAGCUGUGUGGAAGCAGUGUGCCAGUCUGGACCAUAUGAUUGAUUUCCUCGAACAAGAGAAAUGGGAACUGGAUGUGUACCAGAUGCAAUCGCCACCUCCAAAGAGCAAUUAUGCCGAGACUUCAUUGCCUGUCAGAAGUACGUCGGGGACAGGAAAACCGCAGGGUUCGACAGCUAAGUCAGGGAGAACAUCUGGCUUGACAGUGCAAGCGCAACUGAACCAGAUAUCCAACCGCGCAAUACGGCAGGACGAUUCCGGCCCAGAGCGGAUCGUGGCAAUUGAAGAACUGCAGCUGGGCGGCUCCAGGAAUCAAAUAUCCAACCGCCCCAUUCGACAGGACGAUUUCGCCCCAGAACGGAUUGUGGAUAUUGAAAAACCGCAACUCGGCUCCAGGAAUCAGAUAUCCAACCGCACAAUUAGGCAGGACGAAUCCGCCCCAGAGCAGAUCGUGGAGAUUGAAGAACCGCAGCUCGGAGGCUCGAGGAAUCAGCAACCACACUCCCAGACCCAACCCUCGCAUCCAGCUCAAACCCCUAGAACUGCGCAGGUGGAAAUCAUCGACUUGGGUUCUGCCUCAGACUCCGACUCCGACUCUGCAAAGAUGGACGUCGACGAGUUCUACACACCGCUCUCGAGAAUGAUACCUACCGAACAACCUGUCGCUUCGCCAACGGGAGAGACACCCAGCAAGCCACCGACACAUCGGCCAUUAAGAACCAUAUCUGCGGGACGACCAGUGGUCCCUCCACUGUCGAGGAUACAAUCCGCAGAAAGACCCGCCGUUCCUCCGGCGCAAGUACCAAGAAGGGCACAACCAACGACUCCUCCACCAAGAGUAACCCUUACACCCAUUCCUCGUCCAACUGGGAGCACCCCCUCCGAGCCCAUGCUCAUCGACUCGGAACCCAACCCCGCGCCACUCUCCUCCCCGUCCGUCGUACUCCCUUCCGUCGAAACCGCGCCAGCAUCGAGUCUCCCAUCCAUCCCCCUCCCGCGUUUCUCCCAACCUUACCCCUUUCGCCCUCAUCCCAACCCCAACAACCAGCGCAGGGCCGCCCGCCCAGCUGCCCCGCUAUUGCUCAUCACCCCUCCGCCGCCCCCGCCCUCCACCCACCCCGUCACCCUCUCCCCCUCCACCGCCUCGUACGCCACCAUCUCCCGCUGGACCUGGCCCGACCUCGUCGCGUCCUGCGACCGCAAACGCAUCGUCCUCAAAGUACUGCAGGAGAUGAGCACGUCGGACCGCGAAGCCAUCCGCUCGCGGAUCAUGCACGUGAAGAAGACGACCCUGAUCAGCGAGAUAAAAGAGUGCGUGGGCAUGAUGAUGCAGGGGAAAGAAGGGAUCCCCGGGUUUCUGGCGAAGGAUGUGGUCAAGAUUGUCAAGUUUACGAGGUUGUUCCUUUGUUGGUGGUUGGCAGGGGAUUAUUUUGUUCAUGGGGAUGGAGAGGAGGACGGAUUGGGAAGGAGGGAGAAGAAGGAGGAGAAGGAGGUUCCUAUGUGGCGGCUCCGGGAGCUGGAGCAGUGUCUGAGGGACGAGGAGACGCAGGAUCCGAGGGUGUUUUGCGAGUGGGUGCGGUGGGUCAUGGAGAGGACGUUUAGUGAGGAGGCGUUGGCGGCGGAGAGGCGGUGGGCGCCGAGUCAGGCUGAGGUGAUUGUGAUUUCGGACGAUGAGGGGUGAGCGGGGCCAUAAGAGUUGUUGGAUCAUAUUAUGGAGGGAGUGUGGUUGUGUGGGGAAGAAGAAGACGAGGGUGAGAAAGAGAGGUGGAGUUUGGUGUAGUAGAUCGGGAGAGAGAGUCUGGUGGAGAGUGAUGCAGCUGGUUCUUGUGUUCUUAGGCAGGGCCCGAUUGCAUAAUGGGGAAUGGGAGGAGGCCUGCAACAGUUUGCAAUGCUGCUUUGGCCAGUGUGGACGGGAUGCUUAACGGCUGCUCAUAUGUUGGUAUGCCUGCCUCAGAGCGAAGGCGGAGGCGUGGAAAGUGUACGCCAUGUACCAUAUGAACCUUAGAGGAGGAAUAAUGGAAACGAAGAUUCAU